CCCGGACCUGGCACCCACGUGACGUGUUAAUUGAUUUAAAGUUUCUGACGCCAAAAGACCGCGUCUUUUCGCGCAUCACAAUGCGAGGGAUAAAUAAAAAAAAGAGGAAGCACUUAACUUAAAUAGGGAUGAACAAAAGAGGAUACCCCAUUGUUCAGCCAGCCAUCUGCAUUUUUGAACUGGUCCUGAUUUGUAUAGUAUUCCUUGUUGGCAAGGGCUGGCAGGCAGCAGCAGGAUUUCCUUCCUGGGAGCGAGCGCGGCUGUUUGACCCUUUUUUUGUUGAAAGGGUGAUUAAUCAAUCGACUGUGCCUGGGACAACAACAGCUUGGACCUCCUCUUUGCGACCUCCUCCUUGACCUUGUCUUGUAUCCAGCAGUGCUUGCUCGGUGUUUGGCGUGAAAGAUAAACAAUCCAAUCGCAACUUCCUUCCUCUUUUUUCUUCAGAUUUCUCCACACAGCUUACACCGACUUUGAGCUUGUCUGUGCCUUCGUUGUCUUGUCAACGACGGCCCUUUUUCUCCCUCUCUCACUCUUCGACUUUGACUUUUUUUUUUCUUUUUCACUUUGACCUUUUGAUCUCGACUUUGCGUUGAGGAAUCGAAAAAUCUCACGACUUUAUACAAUAUUACUUUCUGUAGCCCUUUUGAGGGGAGGGGGGGUUAUCUCCAGCAACAAUAGCUUCUUUAUCAAGGACUCUCCCUCGACACUUUUUCACCUUUACAACCUCUUUGUUUUCUUCUUCCCUUCUUCACCGACUACUAUUACUCCGUCUCCGCCGACAUAUCCCAGCAACGACUCCACCACAACCUCACCGUCACCGCCUUCUUGUCCUCACCACAAACCCACCUCGAUCAAUCCCUUCCUUUUUCGCCUCUUCUCUUCUCACAAUGUCGACCCUCAAACGCAAAGCCGGUGCCCAAACAGGUGGAGCCGACGCGAAAAAGGUCAAGCAAGGAAGCAUUAUGUCUUUCUUCGGGAGCUCCCCGGCGGCGAAACCGUCAGCUACCAACAGCUCCGGCCUCCCCACCACCCCCAACUCAUCCUUCACCGCGCCCACCGACCCAGCCGCCGCGAGGUUUGACAAGGACAAAUGGGUGGCCACCCUGACGCCAGAGCAGAAAAGGCUGCUGCAGCUCGAGAUUGACACCCUUGACGAGAGCUGGCUGGUGCACCUGAAGGAUGAAAUCGUCACAAAGGAGUUUUUGGAUCUAAAGAGGUUUUUGGAGAGGGAGUAUGCUGCUGGAAAAAAGAUUUUUCCCCCAAAGGAGGAUAUUUACUCUUGGUCCCGACACACCCCCUUCACAACCACACGGAUUGUAAUUCUCGGUCAAGACCCCUACCACAACCACAACCAAGCCCACGGUCUGGCGUUCAGUGUCCUCCCCCCUACUCCUGCGCCCCCUUCGUUGAAAAACAUAUAUACCUGCCUCGGGAAAGACUACCCCUCGUUCAACCCGCCCCCCAACAAGGCCGGGCUGUUGACUCCCUGGGCCAAACGUGGGGUUCUCAUGCUCAACACGUGCCUUACCGUCCGCGCUCACGAGGCAAACUCGCAUUCCAACCGCGGCUGGGAAAAGUUUACGCAAAAGUGCAUUGAUCUCGUCGCCGCCAAGCGAACAACGGGAGUGGUUUUUUUGGCGUGGGGCACACCGGCUGGGAAGAGGGUGCUAAAGGUUGAUCAGAAGAGGCAUCUGGUGCUGAAGAGUGUGCACCCUUCUCCGCUGAGCGCGUCGAGGGGUUUUUUUCAGUGUGGGCACUUUAGGAAGGCGAAUGAGUGGCUUGGGGAGAGGUAUGGGUUGAAGGGGAGGGUGGACUGGGCGCUGAAUGAGGGGGAGAGUGUCUUGGAGAGUGACGAGCCGAGUCCGAGGCCGAGGGUGGAGAAGGGGGAGGUGGCGAAACGGGUGGAGGAGGUGGUGAGGGGGGCGGUUAUGGGACGGAGGGUGGAUUUGAAUGAGAUUGCUAGGGGGUUGAGUAGGAGUCCGAAGGGGGGGAGUUGUUCGCCAAAGGAGGAGAAGGAGAAGAAGAAGGAGGAGGAGGUGGAGGGGGAUGAUGAUGGGGAGAAUGUGGAUCCGGGGGAGGAGGAGGAGUGGGAUGCUUUGAUGAGGGAGAAGGGGUUGUAAAGGGGAGGGGUUGUGGGUUGUUUUUAGUUUUUGAACGCCUUUGUUUUGCGGGAGGUGUUUUUGACAGAAAGGGUCAGGCUGGUGUGCUUUGUGAGCAGUGUUUAGGUGUUGGAGAGGGGGCCUUUUGACGGGGUGUAUCAAGGUUGAUGAUAUUCCCCCGGGCUGCGAGGUGUCCAACUUUUUGCUUUUUUUGCGGUCAGUUUUUGCAGGAUUACUAUGAUGGAACACAAAGAAUGAUAUAUGGCAUAAGGAUGAAAUUUGGCAAAGGAAACAGGGAUGGGUUAGCAUCGUAUGGAUGGACUUGUAUGGAUUUAUGAAAAAGAGGAAGGAAAUUUGACUUUCUCAGACCUUAUGUUUUGGCGGGAAGUUGCUCGGCUGGGAAUUCGAGCAUAUGGUGUUUGCUUUUGCGUGUUUUGUUACUCUGUUGGUUGUUUGGAUAUAUAUCUAUCGAGGAGCGUUUGAGAUGACCAUCAAUUUUUUUUCUAACAUUGUUAUUUUGAUUUGCGGUUUCAUUUUGUGGUUUUUAUUU